GAAAAUAAAACAUUGACUAUAGUGUAUUAGGAAGUGUGGAUGAGAUAGGAUAAGAGUGAAGAAAGAUAAAGCAAAGCUGCACAAGUAACUGUUCCUUCCUUCCUUUCUUUCUUCCUUCAAGCAAAGCAAGACAUGGCAGCGCCGACAGUGAAAGUGUACGGUCCACCCAUGUCCACUGCCGUGUCCAGAGUCUUGGCCUGUCUGUUGGAGAAAGACGUUCCGUUCCAACUCAUUCCCGUUAACAUGUCCAAAGGGGAACACAGGACCCCUCACUUUCUCAAGCUUCACCCUUUCGGACAAGUACCUGCAUUUCAAGACGCCGACGACAUUUCCCUCUUCGAGUCCAGAGCGAUAUGCCGCUACGUAUGCGAGAAAUACGGCGACAGAGGGAACAAGGAUCUCUACGGAAGCAACCCUCUGGCGAAGGCCUCCAUAGAUCAAUGGGUGGAGGCAGAAGGUCAGAACUUCAACCCACCUUCUUCCACUCUGGUCUUCCAGCUGGCAUUCGCGCCCAGAAUGAAGAUCAAGCAGGACGAGGGUGUGAUCAAGCAGAGCAAAGAAAAGCUGGCGAAGGUGCUGGAUGUGUACGAGAAGAGGCUCGGAGAGAACCGGUUCUUGGCGGGGGAUGAGUUCUCCCUCGCCGAUCUUUCACAUCUCCCGAACACCCAGUACCUGCUCGCCGCCCCCGACGCUGCUCCUCUCUUCAGUUCUCCCAACGUCGCCAGGUGGUGGGACGAGAUCUCCUCCCGCGACUCCUGGAAGAAAGUCGUGGACUUGCAGCGAGGUGCCUGAGUUUGCUUCCUGUGUUUGAAAAUUUAAGUUCGUUUUUGUUAAGAUUAAGGUAGAUCUGGAUUUGGAUGGUUGGUUUUACUUUUAGCGGUGUUGUUUUCUGACAUUGUAAUCUGAAGUGAGAACUCCGAUGGUAGUUGUGUAAUUUUGAAGGGUUUGGAUAGGGAAAACGGAAGUGGGUAGGUUUUGACUUCACGAGAAGUAAAGUCAAACAUAAACAUAAUGUUUGGAGGUGGCCAUCUCUAUCGAAAUAAUACCGAAAUGUUGACAUUUCCAACUUCCAAGUUCAUCGUCACUUCAAUUUUCUCGUGUUCUGCCACUCCCAACUACCCAUAGAUAACAACAACAGAGGAAAUGUCUGGGAAAUUUACAAAUGUGGAAAUGUCUCCUGUGCGGAGGAAAUCACUACUACUUCCCGUCAAUUCUAAUCUUUAAAAGGAAAUUCAAUUUAUUAAUAUUUUAUAUAAUAUUUUAGGAUCUCUAGGAUACUGUUUCUUUA